AUGUUUGGGAAGUGUUGUCUCCGACAAGCUAGCCGUGGCCAACGACCUUCCCAGGCUUCCCAUUUUACCCAAUCGCUUCUCCUCCGAUGGAAAGCCGGAGACAGGUAUGGCUUGUGGUUGGAGGCCCGUGCUGCUGGCGAACGUAGAUCGCGUAAAGGCGUGGGGGGCAAGGGCAAACGUAGCCACGUGAGUCGCGAGGUCGAACGUUUGGUUUCUUUGGGAAGAUCGGGUGAAGCCGCGCGGCGCCUCGUGUCGCCCGGAUUGGCCGAAGAUACCCCUCAGGUCCGCCAACGAUUGCUUGCCAAGUUUCCUCCACGAGACGGUCCUGUCAUCUCGUCCGAUGGAGUCGCGCCGCCCCCGGAUAUCCCAGCCGAUGUCGUCUACAAGGCUGUCUUCUCCCUCAAAAAGGGGGCAGGGCCGGGGCCUGAUGGGAUACGUGGGGACUUCUUGCGCGAUUUGCUUAGCCAGCGCCCGGAGGAGGAGCCUCUCGGUUUGGUAUAUCGUGAGUUUGUGCAGUUGUUAGUUAAUGCGGAGGCGCCGUCUUUCUUGAGAAGUUUCCUUGGGGGUGGGCGCUUGGUCGGUGUUGGGAAGAAGGAUAGUGAGGGUCGGCAUGUUGGUUUGGAUGCUGAUGCUCGUCCGAUCGUCUUGGGUAUGACUUGGCGCAAGGUUGCAUUCCGUUGCACCCUUGCCCUGGACAGGGAUAGUAUCCGGGACCGCUUGGGCGCUCAGCAGUUGGCCUUGACGCGUGGGGGGGCCGAUGUUUUGGUGCAUGCUGCGCGGGGUUGGGUUCGACGCCAUUGCUCUCGCCCCUCGGCGGUCGUCCUUCAAAAAGACGUCCGUAACGCGUUCAAUGAAAUCCGACCCCGCGAAUUUCUGCAAGAUUGCCGGGCUCACGCGCCGACGUCUGCUCGUUUUGCCCACUUUUGCUAUGGGGAUAGCACCCACCUCGUAUACGGGGAUAACUUGGAAGGCUCGCAUCGAGGACAACAAGGAUGCCCCCUCAUGGCGCCCAUGUUUUGCUUGUCUCGGCGUCGUAUGUUCGAUCUCGCGCGGGCGGAGUGUAGGCGGGUGCCUGAAUUCGAGGUUGAAUUUGCCGAUGAUGCUUACAGCGCGGGCGAGGUGGAAGAUGUUCUGGGCGCCUUUAAAGCGGAAAUAGCCUUGUCGGAACGGUUCGGUCUUCACUUCGAUUUCUCUAAGUGUACCCUCUACCUUCUUGCGGGCGAGCAAUUUCGGGGAGAUAUCUCAGAGUUCCAAGCUCUUGGGGUUAGGGUCGUCACUGGAUCCGAGCUUGCUAUCUUAAAGACACCGGUCCAUGGGACGGCUGCAUUUGGCAAAACUUUCCUUGCCACUAAGAUUGGGGAGUUGCAGGAGAUGGCCGACGCAAUCCAGCAACUGCCUACUAAGCAUGUCGCCUUCCACUUACUUAGGGAAGCUCUUUCUUGGGGCAAGAUCCAGUAUUGGGCCCGGACGUCUCCGAGAGAAUAUAUCUCUACUUUAUUGGAGGCCUUUCACACGAUCCAGCGUCAGUGCUUGGAAGGAAUCCUGGGCAAACCGCUCACUUCCGCGCAAUGGUUGCAGAGCCGCCUUCCUGAUCGCUGCGGGGGCUUGGGAUUGUUGGCUUGUCGUUAUGAACAGGGAAUGCAAGUCUUUCAAGUUGCCGAUCUUGCCUAUUUGGUCUCUAGACGUCAGAGCCAUAGCCAUGUUGCACGGCUUGUUCCAGGCUACGAGCAGGUUGUACCGACUUUGGAGGCGUCCGCAGUUCAACACCUCACUGCUUUCCUACCAAUCGGCCAAGAUAAGAUCAAUCAUCCCGAACAUGCUUUGGAUCAGUUCUUCUUCGGUCAGUCGCUGCGCCGGGGGCUAAUGCGUGGUUGCACCACGCUCCUUCUCCUACUCGUGAUUUAUUGUAUUCCAACGCUGCAUUUGUGGAUGUUGUCAGUUUGCGGCUGGGAAUGUCAUUAUUUGACGAGGGGGAUGUCUGCCCUUAUUGCAGUCAUGCGUUGGACCCAUAUGGGCACCAUAUCUUAG